CAAGCAUCCAACACCUCAACUAUCCACCUAAUCCCUCAUAGAAAUCCCCUCAGCUCUACCCUCCAACCCCAAACAAACCAAUAAACCCCUCCCACCCCAUCCACCCCAAUCUUUAAAAAAAAUCCAAAAUGGUCUGCGCCAAAUGCCAAAAAAAACUCAAACAAACCGAACUAGCCACCCCGGGCGUAAAGCGCAAGAGCGAGAUGUACUACGGCUCCCCCGCGACCAGCGGCAGCGCCAGCAGCAGUCACACAGACAAAUCGAAAGCCACGUUAGGGAACACGGGGAUCGGGAAGAGUAAACUCCUCAGCUCCAAGGCUAAGAAUCCCUACGCGGCGUACUCGUCCUCGUGCGAGAUGUGCAAGACCAAGACCGAGCAGGGCCGGAAGUACUGCCAGCGGUGCGCUUAUCAGAAGAAUUGUUUGUCCCCCUGUUCUUCUGUUGUGUGCUUCGCGAGAGGGGUUGUGUUGUGUUUUUUUUAUGGGAAUAACACAAGUUAGUUAAGUUACUGACGGGUAGAUCUAGCUUGUCCGAUGUGUGGGAAGAGUUUGGCCAAGGGGGUGGUGGCUAAGGGGCAGCCGGUUGUGCAGGGGCAGAAGUUUAAUUUGAAGUGAAUGGUUCUAUUUUGUGGUUUGGUUUGUUGUUUGGGUGUUAUGAUUUGUCCUUAUCAUCGGGGGGAUAUCUCUCUCGUGAGUGGCAUGGCGUUCAGGGGUGCAAUUGCAAGGGAAAGGUCAAGGCAGCAGACGGUUGUUUGCACAUGAUAUCCAACAGUUAACUGGAAUAAGAACUUUGGUAGUAAAGAAAGCUAGUUAUACAUGACACACACACGCAGACACAUACAAAAUGAUAUAUGCAAAUAUUCCC